CGGUGAGGAAUGCGGAAACGCUCCUGCUCUGUGUCAAACUGCUCUGAAGGGGGUCAAGGCACAUUCAGCCAGCGUGGGAAAGCGAGGAGCAGACCGAGCACACACACACGCUGCAUAUUCCAGCAUAGAUGGGAAAACCAUAAAGGGGGAAGGACGGCCGUUGCAGAUCGAUGAAAAUCGGUCCCUUUUUUUAUCCACUCCGCUUUCUCGAGGGACCGAUCAGACACUCUUUCACUUGAUUUGCUGUUGCAGCGGUGUGGUACUGCUGGGAGAUGGGGCUUAGCGCGUGCACCAUCCGACUACCUGUGUGGCCCGUCGCGAGGACACCGCGCGAGCUGUGAUGCGUGUGGAGACGCUGGGAAACUUACUGAAGUUUAUGAAUGACGCGACUCUCCGGGCGGAAUAUAACAAACGGGGCAGUGCACGUGCCAGCGCCGCUCUCCCAAUAAUGCCUUUGUGAAAUAUCCGCGCGCUCGUCACAUUUCGGGAUUCCCCGCAGUACCUCGCCGUGAGAAAAAAUGGACAAAGAGAGCUCGACCCAACAGUAUGAGCCGGUGGCCGAGAUCGGCGAAGGUGCAUAUGGAAAAGUAUACAAAGCACGGGAUUUGAAGAACGGGGGGCGCUUUGUAGCCCUAAAAAGAGUUCGGGUGCAGACAGAGGAAGAGGGAAUGCCGCUGUCUACCAUCCGCGAGGUGGCGGUGCUGAGGCAGCUGGAGUCCUUUGAGCAUCCCAAUGUGGUCAGGUUAUUUGACGUAUGCACAGUUUCCAGGACUGAUCGGGAAACCAAACUGACUUUGGUCUUUGAGCAUGUGGACCAAGAUUUAACCACAUAUUUGGAGAAAGCACCUGAUCCAGGAGUGCCACCUGAAACUAUAAAGGAUAUGAUGUACCAGCUGCUGCAGGGUCUGGAUUUCCUCCACUCUCACCGUGUGGUUCAUCGAGAUCUUAAGCCUCAAAACAUUCUAGUCACCAGUGGAGGACAGAUCAAACUGGCAGAUUUUGGUCUGGCCCGGAUCUACAGCUUUCAGAUGGCUCUUACUUCCGUGGUGGUGACGUUAUGGUAUCGUGCUCCUGAGGUGCUGCUUCAGUCUAGCUAUGCUACUCCUGUGGAUCUGUGGAGUGUCGGCUGCAUCUUCGCUGAGAUGUUCAGACGGCGCCCUCUUUUCCGUGGGAACUCUGAUAUUGACCAGUUAGGCAAGAUUUUUGAUGUGGUGGGGGUCCCUUCUCCAGAGGACUGGCCACAGGAGGUGGGCUUGCCACAGAGUGCCUUUUCCCCUCGCCCUCCCCAGCCCAUAGAGGACCUGGUGCCUGACAUGGAUGAGAUGGGCAAAUCUCUUUUACUUCGUUUCCUGUCAUUUAACCCCUCCAGAAGGAUAUCGGCUUAUGAUGCACUGUCUCACCCAUAUUUCCAGAGUCUCGACAGCACCAGCAAGAGUCUGUACGCCCAACCCUUCCCCAGCAAAAAGCCCUCCCUGGAGGAGAGAGCUGCUUGAAAAGACGUGGUUUCCCACUGUAGACAAGACCCCCCCCCACCCCAUGAACUAGUCUUCCAUGGCAUAACAUUACAUGCUGCUUUUAAAAAUGUCACCCCAACUAUUGGUCGUUCGUGUUUUUUCUUUGCCCUCACUACUGCCAGCUAAAAUGGAUCACAACAUGCUGCCUGGAAUUUUCGUGUAUCAAUAUCAAAAGCUGCUCUUGUCUCCCACCUGCCUUCCUCAAAGGAAGUUUGUCUGCUCAGAGGAAAAUGUGCUUCUUGAAUCCGAAGCCGCAUCACAACACUGCCAGGGAUCGUCCGCUUGUAUAGGUCUAAACUGAGUCUUAGCUGCACAUCACUGCCGUAAAACAGCAAGGUUUUAUGUGGGACCGUGUCCGUCUCACGUGGAUUAAGCAAAUGUAGAACCACAACUACUGCAAAUUCAGGCCCGUUGAACGGAACCUCUUAUUUUACACCUUAAGAUAUAAUCGCUAAUUCAUUUUUUCAUUUUUUUUUUUUUUUUUGGAGCUCACACUUCCAAAGUCACAUGCCAGGAGGAUUUUUUGUAUCGUUUCAUCACGUCGUUACUUCACAGUUCAAGCAGGAGAGUGUGGACACGUCUCCUCGUGUGACCUUUUUUUUU